AUGGUUUCUCUCGCUGCUACUGCUGGUCUGGCGGCCACUGGCCUCCUUAAUGGUUACUGGGGACAAUACAGCACCCUAGAAGGCAUUCGAACACACUGUGAUAGCGGUGUUGAUUCAAUUACUCUGGGCUUUGUCAACAAUGCCCCCGAUGCCGUCGAUCUCUCUGGUUAUCCCGGUACUAACUUUGGACCCAACUGCUGGGGAGUCUAUCUUGGUGAUAACGAUGUGCCCUCAAACCUGUUGAGCCACUGUACAUCUCUUCAAAACGAUAUCCCCUACUGCAAGGCCAAAGGUGUCAAGGUCAUUCUGAGUAUUGGAGGAGUCUACAACUCGUUGACCUCCAACUAUUAUGUUAAGGAUAACUCCACCGGUGCCGACUUUGCCACAUUCCUUUACAAUGCUUUUGGUCCCUACAACUCUAGCUGGACGGGUCCUCGCCCUUUUGACGCGAGUCCCGACGAUCAUACCUCUGUUGAUGGCUUUGAUUUUGAUAUCGAGGUCAAUUUCCCAAAUGGACCCUAUAUCGAAAUGGUCGACACGUUCCGCUCUCUUGACUCUUCAUUGAUCAUCACCGCUGCUCCUCAAUGUCCCACUGACCCUCAGUACUUUUACUUGAAGGACCUGAUCACGCAGGCUGCCUUUGACAAGCUCUUCAUCCAGUUCUACAACAACCCAGCGUGUGAUGCCAUCGCCGGUAACUCUCCUGGCGACAAGUUCAACUAUGACGACUGGGAAACCGUGAUUGCCAACAGCGCCAAGAGCCAGUCGGCCAAGCUGUACAUUGGUCUCCCUGCCAUCCAGGAGCCCAACGAAAGUGGUUACAUCGACCCUAAUGCGCUGAAGAACCUGGUCUGUCAGUACCAGGGCAGAUCGCACUUUGGUGGUGUUUCUCUGUGGGAUCUGUCUCGUGGUCUUGUUAACCAGAUCAAUGGAACAUCUUACAACCAUACGACGUCAAAGGCGUCUACUACAUCAAAGGCUAGCACUACUUCGAAAGCGAGCACCACUUCCAAGGCCAGCACCACGUCGAAAGCCAGCACAACGUCGAAAGCAAGCACGACAUCUAAGCCAAGCACGACCUUGAAGACAAGCACGACUUCGAAAGCAAGCACUACGUCUAAAGCGUCUACGACGUCAAAGGCUUCGACUACGUCCAAAGCAAGCAGCACGUCCAAAGCAAGCAGCACGACGAAGGCCAGCACUACAAAGGUGAGCUCCACUUCAAAGGCCAGCGCCACUUCAAAGGCCAGUGUCACCUCCAAAAUAAGCACCACCUCUAAGACGAGUUCCACUUCCAAAGCGAGCUCAACGUCGAAACCGAGCACCUCGUCAAAAGUAAGCACCACGUCAAAAGCAAGCACUACAUCCAAGGCCUCGACCUCGAAGGCCUCGACAACAUCAAAGUCAAGCACGACGUCUAAGCCCGCUACUUCCACAAAGCCUACAACCUCAGCCAAGCCUACAACUUCAGCAAAGCCUACCUCUUCCAUUACAUCUGCGAAGCCAACAACAUCUGUGAAGCCAACAACAUCUGUGAAGCCAACAUCCUCGGCGUCAGCUUCGAGUCUGCCCCCGUUGUCGAACGUGGACAAAGGCGUGACUACCUCGAGCGCAAUCCCGAGCUCUUCUAGCUCGGUCGUUGUUUUGCAUCCCACGACAACUAACCGAUGGUCUAACUCAUCGAUUGCCUCGACAUCUGCUCGCAACCCAGCCACAACGACUUCUGGCUCUGCAUCCGUUUCAUUGACGACAAGUGUUGUGUAUACUACAUCUGUGCACACUGUUACAAAGUGCCCGCCGUACGUUGUCAACUGCCCAGCGGGAGGCUAUGUAACUACAGAGACUAUUGCUUUAUACACCACCGUCUGCCCUGUGAGCGAUGCAACCAAGACUCCCGAGGCUACGGCAACCAAGGAGGGCUCCCAACCUGAGGCAACCAGCAGCCCCGUCGGGCUCGGUGGUGCUGGCGGCUUCCCACAAGUCACAGCAAUCGGACAGCCUUCCGGGCCGGUUGUAGAGGCUGCCAUUCCCACUGGUGCCGCCAGUUCCAGCGGUCUUCAAACGCUUGUCAAGCCCGCCACCUCCGCUGGGGCUCCUCAGGGCUCUUCUGGAGAGAGCAGUGCUUUCUCCAGCUCCCCAAGCCAGCCAACCAUUCCCGUUGGCGCGGGCUCGCCUUACCCCAGCGGUGGCUCUGGCAGCGGCUCUGGCGGCGCAUCGCCCUCUGGAAGCUGGAGCGGCGAUCCCUCUGGACCUUCCUCGAUCCCUAGCGUUCCUGGAGCGAACGGUGCUUCUGCGAUGAGUGCUAGCUUGAUUGGUCUGGCAAUUGUUUUGGCGGUGCAGAUUGUUAUGUAA